AUGGCGGUAGUCACCACCCGCGUCAGGUUCCUGGCAAUAGCCAUGGUCUUUCACCUGGUAUACAUUUAUUCCAUUUUCGAUAUUUACUUCGUCAGCCCCAUUGUCACGGGAAUGCCGCUUGUCCCCAUAGAGCGUUCCCCAGAAACGAGAGCCCCCGCAGAUCGUCUUGUUCUCUUUGUUGGCGACGGACUGCGUGCUGACAAGGCCUUCCAAGCCUUCCCAGAGCCCUACCCCAAGGCUGAAGACGACCUGGCGCCACGCCAUCUUGCGCCUUUCUUGCGCUCGCGGGUGCUCGACCAUGGCACCUUUGGUGUGUCUUGGACGAGAGUCCCUACGGAGUCGAGACCCGGGCACGUUGCGCUCAUCGCCGGCUUGUACGAGGAUGUGUCGGCCGUUGCCACGGGUUGGAAGAUGAAUCCCGUCAAUUUCGAUAGCGUUUUCAACCGCAGCAGACAUACGUGGAGCUGGGGCAGCCCUGACAUUCUCCCUAUGUUCGACCAUGGUGCGACACCUGGGCGCAUCGACGCUUACUGUUACGCUGCCGACUUUGAAGACUUUACACAGGAUUCUACCCACCUUGAUCUAUGGGUCUUUGACCAUGUGAAGGAUCUGUUUGCUGCAGCGGCUACAAAUAAGACUCUGAACGAAGCCUUGAGACAGGACAAGGUGGUUUUCUUCCUGCACCUACUUGGGAUCGAUACUGCCGGACACUUCUAUCGCCCUUACUCAAAGGAGUACCUCAACAACAUCAAGCUAGUUGACCAGGGCGUCAAGGAGAUCACUGAAUUAAUGAAUGAGUUCUAUGCGGACGAUAGGACAGCUUUCGUCUUUACGGCUGAUCAUGGCAUGAGCGACUGGGGAAGUCAUGGAGACGGGCACCCUGACAAUACAAGAACCCCCCUCAUUGCCUGGGGAUCCGGGGUCGCAAAGCCUGUGAUCCAUCCGGCGGAUUCCGUUGCCCCUGGUCACGAUGGGUACUCAUCCGACUGGAAUCUCGACAACGUCAGAAGGCACGACGUUGCACAGGCGGACGUGGCAGCAUUGAUGGCCUAUUUGAUAGGAGUGGAAUUCCCGGUCAAUUCUGUUGGAGAACUGCCUCUUUCCUACCUCGAUGCAAGGCCUGAGGAGAAGGCAGAGGCUUUACUCGCCAACGCAAAGGAAAUCCUUGAGAUGUACGGUGUUAAAGAGCGCAUCAAGAAGACAAACCAACUGCGUUACGUCCCGUAUAAGCCUCUGAGCUCAGAGCACCGUACACCCGAACAGAGAGUUCAGGCGAUUCGGAACCUAAUCGAUCGAGGAAGCUUUGAAGAAGCUAUUGAAGAGACGGCUACCCUGAUCAAGACUGCUCUCGAGGGUUUGAGGUACCUCCAGACCUACGACUGGCUUUUCCUGCGGGCGCUCAUCACGAUUGGAUAUAUUGGUUGGACAGCAUUUGCACUGACUACAGUGGUUGAUCUUCAUGUUCUUCAGGGUACCACCCAGCCACAGCGGUCAACCGGCGGCACGAUAGUAUUCUCCUCUAUCCUAGCUGCUUUGUUUGCCUCGUUUAUGGCAUCUCGCUCACCCUUGACGUACUACGCAUAUGCUUUUUUCCCUGUGUUUUUCUGGGAAGAAGUAUAUGCGCGAAGGGAAAGCUUAAGCAGAGGAUGGAAAGCUCUCUUUGGACACAUUACGUCCCGAAAAGAUCUGCUAACUCUAGUUCUAGGGGCUGUGGUAUACCUAGGAAUUGUCGAAUCUUUGGCGGUUGGAUACAUACAUCGAGAAGUCCUCACGGUACUCUUCUGGAUUGGCGGGUUCUACCCAUUAGCCUAUGGCUUUUCUUUCCUGCAAAAGCAUCCCGUUCUGACAACCACCUGGUUCGUCUCGUGUGCGGUAAUGGGCAGCUUCACACUUCUCCCGGCAAAUAAGGUUGAGAACAUCACAUUGAUUGUAUGUGGUGGACUGUUUAUGGUAGCUGUUGGAGCCGGAUAUCUGCUUUUUGAACGUACAAUAGUCGCCAACCUCCUGGGAGUCAAUUCCAAGCCGUCUUUAGAGAAUUACAUGUCCAGAUUCCUGAUCGGCGUUCAGACGGUUCUCGUCAUGCUUUCAAUAAUCAUUACGCGCUCCAGCGCGCUUUCUCUACAGGCGAAGGAAGGGUUGCCUCGUACGCUACAAGUGGCAGGGUGGCUGGUGUUAAUCGUUUCCCUGCUGUUGCCACUCGCACAUCAACUGCAGCCCAACAGCCACUACGCCCACCGAUUGAUGGUCAUAUUUUUGGCCUUUGCGCCAACUUUUGUGAUCCUCACAAUUUCUUAUGAGGCUCUUUUCUACGUUUUUUAUGCCGUAACACUACUCUCGUGGAUUCAAUUAGAGAGUCGCAUUCAGGCAUUUACAAGCACUCCUACCGACCCCCCAACGAAGGAGGUCCAAAAGACUUACUCUCCUCCAAGUGAAGCCAGCAAGGGGCUGCGGUUCCGCCCUCUGAGGCUAUCUGACGCCCGGCUGGCGCUGUUUUUCUUCGUUCUCUUCCAGUCGGCCUUCUUCAGCACGGGAAACAUUGCGUCCAUCUCAACCUUCAGCUUAGAGAGUGUUUGUCGGCUCCUCCCGGUGUUUGACCCCUUCGCGCAAGGGGCGAUGCUCAUCUUCAAGAUCAUGAUCCCUUUCGUCUUUGUAUCCGCGAGCCUCGGCAUCCUUAACAAGCUCUUGGGCGUGGCACCCUCGGCAUUGUUCAUGUUUGCCGUAGGGAUGAGCGAUAUCCUCACGCUUCACUUCUUCUGGGUUGUGAGGGACGAGGGCUCGUGGCUCGAGAUCGGGUCGACGAUUUGCCACUUUGUCGUAGCUAGCUUGGUGUGUGUAUUCGUUGUCCUGAUGGAAGGAGUGAGCGCGAUGUUUAUCUCUGGCGUGGAGGUUUGA